CGGCUCCUCAGCGGGCUUCUCCUCACGAUGAGUGGCAACAACCCGGAACUGUUUUCACCAUCUCAGAAAUACCAGCUGCUUGUAUAUCAUGCAGACUCUCUCUUCCAUGAUAAAGAAUAUAGAAAUGCUGUAAGUAAGUAUACGAUGGCCUUGCAGCAGAAAAAAGCAUUAAGUAAAACUUCAAAAGUAAGACCUUCUACUGGGAAUGCUGCAUCAACUCCUCAAAGCCAGUGUUUACCAUCAGAAAUUGAAGUGAAAUAUAAAAUGGCUGAGUGUUACACAAUGCUGAAGCAAGAUAAAGAUGCCAUCGCUAUUCUUGAUGGGAUUCCUUCCAGACAGAGGACCCCAAAGAUCAAUAUGAUGUUGGCGAAUCUGUACAAGAAAGCAGGUCAAGAACGCUCAUCUGUUACGAGCUACAAAGAAGUACUGAGGCAGUGCCCUUUAGCACUUGAUGCCAUACUAGGUUUGCUCUCGCUGUCGGUGAAAGGUGCGGAAGUGGCCUCUAUGACAAUCAACGUGAUUCAGAGCAUUCCUAACUUGGACUGGCUGUCUGUGUGGAUCAAGGCAUAUGCUUUUGUGCAUACUGGAGAUAACACAAGAGCAAUCAAUACCAUUUGCUCUUUAGAGAAAAAGUUAUUGCUGAGGGAUAAUGUCGACUUACUGGGGAGCUUAGCAGACCUGUAUUUCAGAGCCGGAGAUAAUAAAAACUCUAUUCUGAAAUUUGAACAAGCACAAAUGCUGGAUCCUUACUUAAUAAAAGGAAUGGAUGUAUAUGGUUAUUUAUUGGCACGUGAAGGCCGCCUAGAGGAUGUGGAGAACUUGGGCUGCCGUCUCUUCAAUAUUUCUGAUCAACAUGCAGAGCCCUGGGUGGUAUCUGGGUGCCAUAGUUUCUACAGUAAACGAUACUCUCGUGCCUUAUACUUAGGAGCCAAAGCUAUCCAGCUUAAUAGUAACAGUGUCCAGGCUCUCCUGCUGAACCGUGUCCAGGAAGCCAUUAUCCACUUCCGUGAAGCCAUACGCCUUGCACCUUGCAGGCUGGACUGCUAUGAAGGUCUCAUUGAAUGUUACCUGGCAUCCAACAGUAUCCGUGAAGCUAUGGUCAUGGCAAAUAACGUAUACAAAACUCUGGGAGCAAAUGCACAGACACUCACUCUGUUAGCAACCGUCUGUCUCGAAGACCCGGUCACACAGGAAAAAGCAAAAACGUUACUGGACAAAGCGCUAACACAAAGACCUGAUUACAUUAAAGCUGUGGUGAAGAAAGCAGAACUUCUUAGUAGAGAACAGAAAUAUGAAGAUGGAAUUGCUUUGCUGAGGAACGCUCUGGCAAAUCAGAGCGACUGCGUCCUGCACCGAAUACUGGGAGACUUCCUCGUAGCUGUCAAUGAGUACCAGGAGGCAAUGGACCAGUACAGUAUUGCCCUCAGGUAA